AUGAGGUUCGCCGUGUUAUUGAUGAUAAGUUGGGUUUCUGUGAUAUCAAUUGGAACUUCUGGUUCGCCGGAUAGCUUUCUUAAGAUUCUAUCAGAAGUAAGGGACCAGUUUCAGUUGGAUUUGUUUAUUACGCUCGGCACACAAAAUUCUCCAACGUCCAAUGGACUACUUAAGGCAUUCAAUGAAAAUUUGUCAGUCCAAAUCAUGCAUUACUCAAACUUAUGGCAUCCAACUAAACAGAUUAGCCCAUAUAACCAUGGUAAAGUUGUAUUAGAAAAAUUUAAGCGAAAUUUCUUGUUGAUAGCAAUAAUUGAUGGAGUAGCAGCAAGGGAUGCCCUUUCGAAGCAGAUUUUCGCAUUAACGUAUCGCAAUCCAAUGGCUAAGGUCAUAUUUUUUCUGGCCGAAAAUCUAACACUGACCCAAACUGAUGUGCAAGGGCUCAUCCGCAGAUGUUUCGAUCAGGACUUGAUAGAUGUCGUGUUUGUUCAAAAUCAAAAACCACUGGAGAUGUUUACAUACCACCCCUUCAAUGACCUCCAGAUUGUUAAAUUGACAAAAGUCUCAGACUUUUUUGCAAACCGUUUCAAGAACCUCAACAGUUACCCUCUCACAGUUCUCACAUACAAUAGCCCACCGAGAGUAAUGGAGUCCGAUAAGAGAGAACAAAUUAUUGGAUACGCUGGACAUUUGAUAACAUCCUACAUUGAAAAACGUAAUGCAAGUGUUAAACUUUUACCUAGAACAGAAGGAAAGUCAUUUUAUUUGGAGGCUAUAGAGAAUUUCGUUGUAAGAAACUUGGACAUGCUUUGGGGAGUUCUACCGUUGAUACAUUUUAACAUCGGAGAGUUGUCCUACCCUAUUUUGUAUGAGAAAUACUGCGUAAUGGUUCCAGUACCCAGAGUAAUCCCUGUUUAUCGAAAUUUCCUGCAACCAUUUGAGCAGGACGUCUGGGUGGCAGUUAUUUGUGGAACAUUUUAUAUGACCAUCGUGUGCUUCAUUGUUGAUGCCAUCCUGAAUAAGAGGAAAGAUUUAUCCGCGGCGCUUACCACAUCUAUUUGCUUUAUCAUCUGCAGGGGUGAGAUUGGUAUUUUUUCGAAUCUAAACCGCAGACUCUUUGUCAUCUAUCUCUUCCUUUUUUUGUUGGGAUUCAUGCUGUCAAAUUUUUAUUGCGCUCUACUUACAACAUUUUUAACCAGCCCAUCACACGAACGGGAACUUAAAACGCUCACCGACAUUGCUGUCGCAGGCUUGAAAAUCGUAGGGGAUGAAGUAGAAUUGCGAUACAUUGCCGACCGAGAUGUCUACAAAAAAUACCACCCGCUUCUGGGGAAACUUUCGUCCAAAGAAAGUAUGAAAAUCAAAAGUGAUUUAAACAACACAAAUCCGUCCUUCGUUGCUACUGACGGUUUCGAAUUUUUAGAUGAGGUCCAAAGAUAUCAGAACGACAUUAAAUUCAAAAUUACAGAUAUCUGCCCUUUGGACUUGUAUUUAUCUGUUGUUUUUAAGGAUGAAUCUAUCUUUAUUGAGGACUUUAAUAGCCACAACCUGCUGAUACAACAAUCUGGACUAUUGAACUACUGGAAAAGAAAUGCAUUCUUUGAAGCGUUACAAUCAGGAUAUCUACAACUGAAAAGGGGUAACCCGGAAUCUGGGCCGAUACAACUAACACUGAUACAUUUACAAAUUGCUUUUUAUGUAUUGAUGUUUGGACUAAUUAUCUCAACCUCAGCUUUUCUUGCUGAAAAGUUAUAUUAUUAUUAUCUACAUGGUUAG